GUAGGGGAAAGGCGACCUUAUUGUCUCUACAUAAGAGUUUUCGUUUUUCAACCAAGUCGUACCAUACAUCGUCAUCAAUUUUCUGAGCUUAAUCGGAACAUAAAGUUUGUGCUACAAACCCAAGGUUAGCACUUCACCAGGCGUUUUCCACGGUGGAUGAAUCAACAUUCACUUCGCCGUACAGACGGAAAAUCAACGCGAAAAUCCCUACAAACAUUCCUCGCACUACUUCUCGCUAAGACAGAGGUUUUUAAUAAUUGAACAUGAAAGAACACAUAGAGGUUGUGUCACUUUCGAACUAAGCCAACGAGGCAGUGACGUCAUGAUUUGCUGUCUCCAUUCCCUUGAGGACCUGAACCGCAUCUCUGACCACUCGCUACUACCAUCCGCUGAGAUCAAGUGCAGCUGCAUGCGUGCAGCUCCUUUGAAUACAAGUUCUCUUCGGUCCGAUCUAUCGACAGGUGCCAGUCGACAUUGCGAUGGUCGACGCCCUGAUUCGGCGCGCGCCUAAGAACCCAAUCCUGUUCAUCGGCAUCAACCUCACUAUCGCGUUUGCAUGGGCUGGCUGCAUAGGCGCCUGGACGAGGGCAAAGCAUUUCAAGGCUGAGGAGGGGAGGUAUAGGGUACAUUGGGGGAAAUGGAUUCAAGAUGGCGAUGAUAUCUGGCGGAAAGAGCAUUAAGGAUAUAACAGCCCGUGCUGCAAAAUACGAAAUCAUUUCGCACAUGGGCGACUGCCAGUUGCGGCUGGGUAACUACGCUAUAUUCUUGUACUUGCAUCUGAUCCCUUUUAUUGUGGAAUCGAAAUCCCUGAUCUAUAGCCUGUUGAACAUGGGAAAGCCGCACAACGUGCUCUAGGUCGCCCUCAGAAUCGAACACGAAAAGAAAGGUGGCGCUCUGCGGCAAAGACCUUCGAGUCACCCACGCUAAGAUUGUACCGUCGAAGGCAUUCUCUUGAUUCUCGCUCGAGCCCACCUUGAAAUUCCAUAUUGGUCAAUAAUGUAACAAGGCAG